ACGACACAAAUUCUUCUCUUCUGAAAUCAAACAAGGUGUUUUUAAUUCCAGGUGACGGGACCUAACUUUUGACAAACUAAAUCUAUACCGUCAAGUUUCAGCAUUUGACAAUUUUUAACUUUUGACAAACUAAAUCUACACCGUCCAGUUUCAGCACUUGACAAGUUUUAACAUUUGACAAGUUUUAACAUUUGAGAAAGUAAAUCUACACCGUCAAGUUUCAAAUAAUUCUGCCUAUUGCAUAGGGACCUUACAAAAUGUUUUAAGCAGGACCAUACCAAAAGUUUCAAAGAGGACCUUAUCAAACAUCUUGAGUAGGACCUUACCAAACUAGGCAUUACCAGGACCCAUUCGCAAGUUGACUGAACGGACAGCUGAAGGAGAAGUCUGUAAUGUUAUCUCAAGACACAGCUCACCAGACUCCCACAGCCUCAGAAUCAGAUGACCAGUCACCCACAGAUGACCAGACAGCCACACCCACAGAUGACCAGACAGCCACAGCCACAGAUGACCAGUCACCCACAGAUGACCAGACAGCCACACCCACAGAUGACCAGACAGCCACACCCACAGAUGACCAGUCACCCACAGCCACAGAUAACCAGACAGCCACACCCACAGAGGACCAGUCACCCACAGAGUCAGAUAACCAGAGAUCCACAGGACCUUGGAGAUACAGGAAGUGCAAGAUCCAAUCAAGACAGAGGCUGAUUCUCAACAUCCGGGAGCGGAAAAGGAACUUGGACAUAAAACAAGUCCUCAGUGAGCUGGGGCAGCUGUUGCCCACCAAACCAAACGAGAGACUUAUGGACAGAACCAGACUCUGCCUGCUCAAGUCGGCCUACAAAUUCAUCUAUCGUCUGUCGGACUUCGCUCGCUUCUGCGACUUUACUUGUAGGACCGGGAACACCCUCCAGACCCUCACAGCCUCGGGGGGACAGUCCGCCCCUAGUGGGGCGCCACUCAACUCUCUCAUCAAAGCUUACUGCAGCCAGUUCAAACCGGCGACCUUUAGCCACCAGUACAGUCAUGUCCUCCCCCCAGCCAAUCACAAUCACGCACUACAACAGUACCACGCCCAAGUUCCACCUCACCACGCCCAAGUUCCACCUCACCACGCCCAAGUUCCACCUCACCACGCCCAAGUUCCACCUCACCACGCCCAAAUUCCACCUCACCACGCCCAAGUUCCACCUCACCACGGCCAAGUUCCACCUCACCACGGCCAAGUUCCACCUCACCACGCCCAAGUUCCACCUCACCACGCCCAAGUUCCACCUCACCACGCCCAAGUUCCACCUCACCACGCCCAAGUUCCACCUCAUCACGCCCAAGUUCCACCUCACCACGCCCAAGUUCCACCUCACCACGCCCAGGUUUCACCUCACCACGCCCAGGUUUCACCUCACCACGCCCAAGAAGCUGUACCGAUCCCACCUCCUUCAGAAAACUUCAAGUUUCAAGAAACAAACGCGUAUGGUCAAGAUGGAAACUGUCAACAUCAGACCCCUGCUCAACACUACUGGAUACAUGCUAGUUCAUCAGCUGUUGCACCUUCUCGGCACGCCAACCCUUGUGACGUCAUGUCUGCCCAGCCUUGUGACGUCAUUUCUGCCCUGCCGUAUGACGUGUAUUCUAUCAGGUCCAAUGACGACAUGGCUACCCUACCCCGUCAUGUCCCAGAUGAGCCGUAUUUCUCACCGCCUCAGCACCAAGUACCCCACGUACACGGGCAGUGGGCCGCGGGAGGGCAGUGGGCUACGGACGGGCAGUGGGCUAGGGACGGGCAGUGGACUAGGGACGGGCAAACCUUCUGUGCUAUCCCGGUCUGUUUUCCCAGGCCACCCGACGUCCAGAAGUUUCCAUUCAGUCACGGAGAUUCUUCCAACAGAUUGUACCCUGUCAUCUACCACGGCCCCCACCCACCGGUUUUAUCCCCAGGGGUGAUGCACCACCCACCCCCAACCACGCUACAAUGCCGAAGUAUGGGCAUCAUGCCCGCCACUUGCUGCCCUAUAAUGUUCGAUGCCAGUCAUGCCCAAAUGGUGGGGCAUCAUUGAGGGCAGAACGGUAUAGUAACAGGGCAUAUUAACACUUCCAAGAUGAUGUAAAGGAGUGGCUCUAAAUGUCAUUAAUCAAAACAUUGAUUACAAUACCACGUGAUAAUCUUGUAUCUUUGUUACUUGUAUAUUUUGUUGAUCUAUAUAUGUAUAGAAUGCUGUAUAACGUAAGUAAAUCAGUUCAUGCUGUUAUUGACCUGAGUAUGUUACUAGUUUCAUAGAACUUUCUCUGUACUAUAUUUUAACAUUAGUGUUUUUAUUUGAGUGUUUUGUUUAUGUAUAUAUAGACUAUAUUGUUUUAAAUAAAGUAAGUAGCAAACACUACU